UUUUUUGUUUUGUUUUCUAACUUCCUCAUUUAUAAUCGCCGUCGUGACUCUUCUGAACUUUAACUAAUUUUCUAAGUUCGAUUUGGACGAUUCGUUUUAGUUUUGUGGUCUGAUUUUGAGUUAUAUGGCGUUUUUUUAUCCGAUCUAGCGCAAAGUUUCGGAAGAAAAGAGUGUUAUUAUCAGGAUAUCAUGAAGGAAGGUUGCAGCUGUUUUUACUCGAAGAUGGGCUCAAAAUUGAGCAUUGGUGUAUUGAUUGUUUUGGCAAUCGUUCUUCUAAUGGUUCGUGUACUAUACGUUGUAUACCGGUGUGGCAAACCCUUUCCAAAAGGAGCUUCACAGUCUUUUAGUACCCUUGUUGUUCUUGGUUCUGGUGGGCACACGGCAGAGAUGUUGAGUCUCCUCUCUGUUUUGCGUAAGGACAGAUUUACACCAAGGUUUUAUAUUGCUGCAGCUACUGAUAACAUGAGUCUCCAGAAAGCUCGCAGUUUUGAAGAUUCUGUAGCCAAGAAGCCUGCUGUCAAGGAAGUAUCAUCACAGUUCAUGCAGAUUUACCGGAGUCGUGAAGUUGGUCAGUCUUAUGUGACUUCUGUCUGGACUACCAUUGUUGCUAUUGUUCAUGCUCUGUGGCUAAUGAUCCGGAUCAGACCACAAGUGAUUCUUUGCAAUGGUCCUGGGACCUGUAUUCCUCUGUGUGUGAUUGCUUUCUUGUUCAAGGUGCUGGGAAUUAGAUGGUCAUCAAUCUUUUAUGUUGAGAGUGUAGCAAGAGUGAAAAAGCUCUCAUUAAGUGGAUUCCUACUUUACAAGUUGAGGAUAGCUGAUCAAUUCUUUGUUCAAUGGCCACAACUGCAAAAGAAGUAUCCUCGGGCUCACUAUGUUGGGUGCCUGAUGUAAGCAGAUUGGAACUCUCCUUACACCUAGAUAUACAUUACAAUAACUUAAAAAGCUACAUAGCGUACACUUUCUCUUUAUAUACAGAAUUGAGUUACAUUUUCGUAAUAUUCUGCUUUAGUUGCUAUGAACUCAAGUUUUAAACAAUGAAUAGUUGUAAUCAGAUAUUCUGACU